CGUCCCAAUCUGGGCGGAAAUGGCCGAGAAGCCUCGGUACCUGCUUACCCCUAAUGCUCGGUUCGCCGGGCAAAGAGGCGGAAGGAAGCGAAGCAACACCGGAAGUGACUAAACUACGGCCCUUGAGGAUUCUAUGCUGCUUGGCUGCGCCAGUUGCCAUGGAGCCUGCCGGGCCCUGCGGUUUCUGCCCGGCGGGAGAAGCCCAGCCGGCGCGGUACACCUGCCCUCGCUGCAAUGUUCCCUACUGCUCGCUGAACUGCUACCGGGAGCAUGGCACCUGCGCCGAAGCCUUCUAUCGGGACCAGGUGCUGGGGGAGCUCCGCGGCCGUAGUGCCUCUCCCAGCCGCUUGGCAGGCGCCCUGCGCCGGCUGCGCCAGCAACGCGAGACCGAGGACGUGCCUGGAGAGAUGGGCCUCGGUCCUGGCCCAGGGCCUGGGGGCCUUUCAGGACUCAGGGAACGUCUCGCCCUCUAUCAUGGCGGGGACGACGCGCUGCUCUCCGACUUCUGUGCCACACUGCUUGGUGUCUCCGGAGCCCUGGGCGCCCAGCAAGUUUUCGCCUCUGCGGAGGAAGCCCUGCAGGCCGCAGCCCACGUAUUGGAAGCAGGCGAGCAUCCUCCCGGGCCUCUGGGUACACGGGGUGCGAUGCAGGAGUCCGCCCGAAUUUUAUGGGGCGAGGAUGCGGCUGACCGGAAAGGGUACACGCUGGCAGCCCUGGGGCACCUCGCACAGACCCUAGGCCGGGCCCGGAAACAAGCCCUGGCUCAGGAAGAGCGAAAUCGCCUCUACCGGGCCCGGAAGAAGUGCCAAUUCCUGCUGGCCUGGACCAACGAAAAUGAGGCCGUCCUCAUGCCUCUGGCCCUAGACUGCACCAUGGCCUACAGAGCCCAUGCUGUGGCAGCCGAGGAGGUGGCAGCCCUCACUGAGGAAAUGGAGCGGCUUUGGGGAGGCCCCGUGCCACCUGCCCCAAAGACUCUCAUUGAGGAGCUUCCUGGCUGAAUUGGGGAUCCUUGUCAUUAAUAAAGCUGUGACUGACCUGCCCACUUGUUGGCAGUGCCUGUAUCUGAGUGACAACUGUCGUCCACCACAAGUAUGGGACCCACAUACUUCCUCUCAGCUUCUUCGUUCUCAGAGCUGACCUAGCUGGUCAUAAACACAGUGACCCCAGAAUGGGAGAAAAGUGUUCUGUGGGCUCUGGACAUUUAUGCAAAGGGGGACAGUGCUCCCCAACACUUCUUCUGUGAGCUUGGUCCAGCUCAGGGCUGAGUA